AUGUUCAGAUCAUCUUUUAAAAGAUUUCAAUCAACUACCGUUCCUCCGCCAGGAAAAAAGCCCACAGGUAUUAGAGCAUUAAUGAAAGAAUACGGACUUUCGGCAUUAGGUAUUUAUUUAGCUUUAACCGCUAUUGACUUACCCUUGUUCUACCUUUUGGUUCACUCUGUUGGUAAGGAUGAAAUUGAAUAUUAUGAGAAUAAAGCAAAACAGCAAUUUGGCUAUGGUGUUAGCGACGAAGAAUUGAGUAGAAAGCAAGAGAUUAGUAGAAUUGAAGAAGAAGAAAAAGGUGCUAAUGAAACUUCAACAGAUAAAAUGAGUUGGUUUGAAUAUAUCAAAUCACAAUUUUCUCUUACAGAAUUCAUACUUGCUUAUGGAGUUCAUAAAGCUUUCAUUUUCAUUAGAUUACCUAUUGCUGCUGCCAUCACUCCAACGGUUGUUAAAACUUUAAGAGGCUGGGGAUUUAAACUCGGUUCCCAAUCAGUGUCGAAGACAGCUGAAAUAGCGAAAUCUCAUGUCAAAGAUUACACUGCUUCCAAUCCAAAAUUCGGUACCAGAGGUAAUAGAAAGAGAAAGUGGUUUGAUUUCUUUUUCUAA